CAGUGUUGGACCAUCUAAAGGAAAUGGAGGGGCAGAGUCUUCCUUGUCCACCUGUUUCCUUAGAAGACCCACCAGUUCAGCUCUCCUGCCUUCAGGCCAUCCCAGCAGCAUCAGAUCUCUUGCUGGGUCCCAUGAUUCUCCAGCCAGAACAAGCACUUGCUCAAACUGUGUAUUUAAAGGCGCUAACUAUUCCUUUCUACCAACCUGUUCAAUCAAACCAUAAACUUUCCAGAGUCCAGACAAAUAUCACCAUAGACAAUAGCAAUUUACCUUUAAUCCUCAAUCCACUUCUGCAUUUGAAAGGGACAGAUCAACUUCAGGCAAUCAUUCAGAAGCAACCCAGUAAAAACAUGGUUAGUUUUUCACUUUUGCCACAAAGUUCUUCUCCAGGUGCACCAACUGGAAGUCCAGGGAAGGCCAAAAGUUCUGGGAAGUACCUGUGUAAACAUUGUGGGCGUGACUGUCUGAAGCCAAGUGUCCUUGAGAAACAUAUGCGAUCACAUACAGGUGAGAGGCCUUUUCCAUGUACAACAUGUGGCAUUGCGUUUAAAACUCAAAGCAAUUUGUAUAAACACAGGAGAACUCAGACCCAUGUCAAUAAUGCCAGGGUGCCUUCAGAAUCUGAUAGCAGUAGUCUACUAGAAGAGAAUGAGAAGUUGACUGAGAUAGUUACAUCCUCCCAGACCAUAGAAUCUCAUGAUAAAAAUGAUGUCCAGCCAAGUGCAAGGACUAGAUCUGCUGCUUCGGAGCCCAGUGACAAAUAUAUUGCUACUUCGUUAUCGGAAACUCUCCUUGUUUCGGAAAGUCAGAGGGUGAAAACGGGUAACUCCUGUCAUGGAGAAAUAAAUCAGAAUGUAUUUGAAAAAGAGACUGCCAGAGAUGCCACAGAUCUACCUCAGAGAAAGAAGAUCCAGGAUCAAAGGUCUCCAACAGGAAGCAGACAUAGUCAGCUACAGAGACAGCAAGCUCUGUAUUCAGAGAAGCUGUGGAACAACAGAUCUGUGGACAUCAAGCUAAAAAAGUGUGAGAGCACUGACUCGGGGUAUCUGUCGCGCUCUGAUAGUGUGGAACAUCAGACACCCUCGCCUGGCUUCCUGCACAGCCUUUGUGAACAUAGCACGGAGUCAGAAGAUGAAGCAGCUGUCACCAAUAAAUGCAUGACUUACAGUUUCUCAAAAGUAGAUUCAACAGACAAAGCAACAGGAGCCAUAACCCUGGAGAAAAAAAGGUUGGAAGAGCAUAUCUCAAGGCUAAUAUCUCAUAAUAAAGCAGUUGUGGAUGACACCCAGUUGGACAGUGUUAGGCCCCGGAAAACGAUUCUAUCCAAACAAGGAAGCAUUGACUUGCCAAUGCCUUACAUGUACAAAGACUCAUUCCAUUUUGAUAUACGGCCUCUGGACACCAGCAAGAAAAAGAAUAUUUCUCUGCGCUCAGCCAGGUCUAUCUUCACUCCUGCGGAAAAAACUAAGCCGUUGUUUUUUCACUCGGUUCCCACUCAAUUCUCAACAACAAUUGACUGUGUGCCUGUUACAAGAAGUAACUCUCUGCCUUUUGUUGAGAGUACAAAGAAGACGCAAGACCAGGCAGACAGUUCAAAAUUGUCUUCUUUCUCCAGAGUAUCCCCAGAUGUGUGUUUUUCUGGCUUGUUGCAUAGCAGCAAUUUAGACACAAAUAUGACAAACGUUCUUAACAGCCACCCCCGGGCACUUGUUAGACAGGUGGCAGUAGAUGAUGUGCCAUUAAAUUAUAUGACUGAAUCUUCGCUCUCUUUAGAGGAGAAAAAAGGUAAACAGAAAUCUGAAGCUGGGGUGGAAGGAGUGAACAGCAAGAAUAAGAAACCCAGUCAGAGAAAAUUAAAAAUGUUUUCUCAGGAAAAAUGGCAAGUUUAUGGGGAUGAGACAUUUAAGAAAAUUUAUCAGAAGGUGAAAAACAGUCAACCAACCAAAAAACAAAAAGGUAAUUUAACAAAUAUUUCCAACAUUUAUUCAGAUACCAAGGAAACUGCCUGUGGGAAGGAAAUUACAUUGUCGAGAGAAGGACGAAGCUCUGAAACUGGAAACAUAAUUUCACCACUAGUAGAUGUUACUGCAAAAGCAAAUCCAGACACAUUGGAAAGCCACGCCAAAGCCAGCCCUGUUGGUCACUCUACUUUUUCUCAGGAGAAUUCAGGGCGAUUGGCAGAAUUAAGAGAAACACUGGGUUCAGUUGGUGAUUGUGAACAACACAGCAUAGCAAAUGAAACGUCAUCUGUUGAACAUCGAUGCAGAGACUUGCGUGUUUCAAAACACAGCCAGAGUGGCAAUAAAGAUGCGCAUGGAUGCAUUACUGAAUGUGUACAAAAAUAUGAAGAUACCACAGCUAACAGAAAAGGAUGCUGGGGGAAAGAAACUGCCCACCUUGGACACACAGCUUUAUCAGCACCACAGUGCAACAUCAGUGAGUUGGUGUGUGAAUCUCAGAAGUUACCCUCAGAAAGAAAAACUAAGGUGGAUAAACUGAAAAACGUGGAAAACGUAACAUUUAAAAAUAAUAGUUCAACCGAGUUGGUUGUGAAACUGAUAGACUGUUACAAUCUUAACAUAGUUGCUGCAGAAUCAGCAAAGGACUCAGGUAAGGGGGGGGAAUGGACAGUAAUGGUAGGAACACCUGCUUCAGGUAGUAGUAUGGAAUGUGAGGAAGGAAUCCAACAUUCUCUAACAGUAUCUAAUGAUAGGGAUUGUAUUGUAAGUCUAACAGAUACAGCAAAUAUCUCUGCGACAUCAUUUCCUGAACAAUUCAAGACCGAUGUAACAGAGGAACAAACCAGUAAUUUGUUUGCAAUAAAAAAACUCACAUCUCCCAUAACAACAGCAACAGAAGAAUUAUCAAACUGUAGAGACUCAGCACCAACCCACACUCAGCAUGAGGUAAGAAAUCAAGUGGUUUCUCAUCUAAAAAACGAUUUUCUUCCGAAGUAUCUUAAAUAUUCACAAGAAGGAAACAAGAUAGGUGUGCCAUUGUUUCUUACAAGAGAGCCCGAAAAUAUACCGUAUGCUUCAUUGCCAAGCAGCUCAACCAUUUCCCCAUAUCCUGCCUGUAACAAUAAACUACUUGAUAGUAAUUCCACUGAUGUAACUGUGUGCCCUUUGCAAUUGGAUCUGAGUCAUCCAGCCAGAAGAAAAGAGCUAAAGUGGGACAUGCCUACAACAUGGACACCUUUGGGAGCUCCUGCUCCAACUGUCCUUGAAGCGACAACAAUUACAACCAUGGUAGAUCAAAAAUGUCAUCUUCGAAGUGCAAGUAGGAAAGUUAAAGAUACAUGUAAAGCAGACAAUAGAGACAACUUAGAUGAACAGAGUUUGAUAACAAAAGAGGAUGAAUGUAUAGUUGCUUGCACAUCACACAUUCCUGGGAGGAAAGUAUGCUUUACCACAAUUUAUACAGGAGGGCUUUUCUUAUCAUCAGACAUGACUGGGCAAAAUUCAGCCUUAAAGUUAAUACAAUCAGCGAAGAGUUCAGUAAUUUCACUUUCUUCGUUGGUGGAAAGGGCAGUUUUGUGUGAAAGUAGCGAGAAGGAAGUCAAGGAAUGGCAACUGGAGACUAACCCUUUGCCAGGAUUUGAAGACUUGCCCACCUGUUCAGUUAGCAGUCCGAAAUGUCUUUGCCAUUCUUCCAAUAUGCUCUAUUGUCAUGUGCUGUGUACUCAACCAAAGGAGAUUUGCUCCCGGCCUCAUUUGAGCAUAGAAUCUCAUGCGGGAAACUUACAAACCCCAAGCCUGAAUCUAUCCUUCCCAACUCUAAAUGCGGAGCCUCAGCUGACUUGGUGUUGCUUGUCAAGAAGCCUCCCACUUCCUAUUGAGCAAAAGGAAAUGAAAGAUUCUGCAUAUUCUUCUUUGUAUAUGAAUGAAAACUUCAUUUCAAAAUGUGGUCAGUCCAUCUGCAAAAUGAAAAGCCAUGGGAAGGCUGCUAGGCAAGGCUGGAGAAUUGGAAAACCUCAAACACUGUUCUCUUCUCCACAAAGGCAGGAAAUAGAGAAGUCAGGAAAUGACAAAAAUCUGCAACAGCCACAUUACAGCACAAUGAAUAAAGCAUCUUUCCAUUUAGAAGAAGAUAAGAUGAAACAAAUUGAUAAUUCUUUAUGUCUGGUAGGAUACCCUGGACUGAACAAAUGCUCAAGUGACAACUUAUUUCUUCAAAGAAUUUCUACAAUUCCAGAAGUAACUACAUACUCCUGUCCAUCGUCUAAUAAUAUAUCAGCAGAAAAUGCAGUAGUCAUUCUGAGUACAACGGGACCUUCCACUGAACCUUAUCAUUUGGAACUCAAAGAUACAAAGAAGAACCAGCUGUGUAACUUUGUUGGAUCUCAGACUACUAGACCUAUUUUUCUUUGUUCAAACAGAGGCUGUAAUAACUUAGAAUCAAAGGAUAAAAAUGUUCUUAUUCUAAAGCCCCCCAUUCCUAUUGCAGAAAGAACAGAACAAUUCACGGAGAGAGAUUUGUCUCCUCCUUUAAAAGAGCAACAUGCUUCCACCUGCCAAAGUCUAUGUCCUGUUUCACUCACAUCAAGACUACUUACCGAGAUGUCAGUUUCAACUAAAUCCUUACCUGGAACUCCAUCUACAAAGCAAAACUUGGAAGCAACGAAUAAGCCAAUUCAUUUGGAAUACGAUGACAUAAGCAGCAGUGAUGAUGAAGAUAGAUUGGUUAUAGAAAUCUAAGGAAUAAGUUACCUAUUUUUAAAACAGAGUUCAAUAUGAAGGGGUAGCCAUCAUCAAUCUGCCUUUCUCUUGUAUCUUAAAGUAAAAACUAUAUCUGUGCUAAUAUUGCCAAGGAUCUGAGCUUCUUACAUGUGCUUUGCUUUUAUAUGUGCAAUUAGUUGCACAUUUGAAUCCCAAUGAGUUCACUACGUAAUUUCUCUUCAUCAAAUUCUCUAUACAAUCCCAUUUUUAUCAUUUUCUCUAUUUAUGCCUCCGAAAGUAGACUAAGAUCAUUUUGUCUCCUUUGAGAAGUGGAAAGUUGGCCCUGAAGAUAGGAAAGCAACUUAUUUUCUCAGCUGCUCCGUGCUGCUUAUUUAAUCUAACUUUUCCUUCUACAAUUUUGCAUGAAAUCAAUGUCCUUAAAUCACUUACAGCAUUUUUUUGUAUUGCACAAAUAUUCCAACAUCUCUUUUGGCAAACAACUCAAGCGUGUAUUGUUUUUGUGCCUGUUCUGUAGAGACCUGUACAUACUUAUCUCUUUGAUAUGUUACCUUUUCUACAAUAGGAAGAUACUCUUUGAUCUUGUUUCUCAGGUCAGUUGGGGAAAAUAUUUAUUCUGCCAAUGAAAAUGCGUAGGGACUUUGUAAAAAAAAAUUGGAAGCAUAAAUAAUAUACUUCUUCCUCUCCAUACAUGUUAAAUCUGUGCACCUAGGGUGCAGUAAAACAUUGUCCAGUUGAAUAUCAUGCACUUUCCUAAAUGCACUUCCAUUGCAUUAGAACACUGUUGCGAAGCAAUGGUCAUUUGGAGUGUAACUUACUGUUGUAUUAUACUUGUUUUAUAUUUAAUAUUUCAUAUUCUUAACAAGCU